CUCCGCGUGGAAGCCACGCCCUUUGAGCGCUCGAGACAAACUCUUUUCUUCUUCUUCGCAGCCAGAACUUCAGUCGGUGCCUGGUUCCGUCCGGAAGCGCGGCGUUCAACGAGGUUUUUAAAGUCACCGACGUGCUCCCCCCUACUCCUCCUCCUCCCUCCUCCACAUCGUUAUUUUGCGUCGGAAUCGGAAGGUUUUUCCGACGCGCGCGAGACAAGCAGAACUCCCUCGACUCGGAGCUCCGACGGAGACCAAGAUGGUGCUGAAGUCGGAAGACGGAGUCGUGCCCGACGACCUCACCCCAGAGGAGCAGCAGGAGUUGGAGAACAUACGCCGACGCAAGCAAGAGCUGCUGGAGGACAUUCAGCGGUUGAAGGAUGAGAUAGCAGAAGUGACCAGCGAGAUUGAGAACCUGGGUUCCACCGAGGAGAGGAAAAAUAUGCAGAGGAAUAAACAGGUGGCAAUGGGCCGUAAGAAAUUCAACAUGGACCCCAAAAAGGGGAUCCAGUUCCUGAUUGAGAAUGACUUGCUGAAGAACACCAGCGACGACAUUGCUCAGUUCCUCUACAAGGGAGAGGGUCUCAACAAGACCGCCAUUGGAGAUUACCUGGGAGAGAGAGAUGAUUUUAAUAUCCAAGUCCUUCAUGCAUUUGUGGAGCUUCAUGAAUUCACAGACCUCAACCUGGUCCAGGCCCUUAGACAGUUCCUGUGGAGUUUUCGGCUUCCAGGGGAAGCCCAGAAGAUCGACCGUAUGAUGGAGGCCUUCGCCCAGCGCUACUGCCAGUGCAACCCAGGCGUUUUCCAGUCCACAGACACCUGUUACAUCCUUUCGUUCGCCAUCAUCAUGCUGAACACCAGCCUCCACAACCCAAACGUGAAGGACAAGCCCACGGUGGAGCGCUUUAUCUCCAUGAACAGGGGUAUCAACGACGGGGGAGACCUGCCUGAAGACCUGCUCCGAAACCUAUACGAUAGCAUCAAGAAUGAGCCGUUCAAAAUCCCGGAGGAUGACGGAAACGACCUGACGCACACCUUCUUCAACCCAGACAGAGAGGGCUGGCUGCUUAAACUGGGGGGUCGUGUAAAAACCUGGAAGAGGAGAUGGUUCAUCUUGACAGACAACUGUCUCUACUACUUUGAGUACACCACAGACAAGGAGCCCAGAGGAAUAAUCCCUUUGGAGAACCUGAGCAUCAGGGAGGUGGAGGAUAAGAAGCCUAACUGCUUCGAGCUCUUCAUCCCUGACAAUAAGGACCAGGUGAUUAAGGCCUGCAAGACGGAGGCAGAUGGACGGGUUGUCGAGGGCAACCACACCUUCUACCGCAUCUCCGCCCCCACUACGGAGGAGAAAGAGGAGUGGAUCAACAGCAUCAAAGCCGCCAUCAGCAGGGACCCCUUCUACGAGAUGCUGGCGGCCCGGAAGAAGAAGGUGUCAUCCAUGAAGAGGCACUAAAGUAGUCCAGCGCUUCCCGCAUCGCACUUAACGGACUGUCGGAUGGGGGUUGGGUAGGACAAGGAGUAUGUUGGGUCUCUGCCAGGGCUGGCGCCAGGGCUGGGGGGGGGGGGUCUGCCUUGGACCUCCAAAGGGGGUUCUCCGGGACACACGGAUUUGGGGACUUUGCUGGCAACAAAACGGGAAGCGUGCCGGGCGGGGGUGUCUAGAUAGAGCCGAGGCCGAGGCCUCCCCCAACCUCUCCUGUCUGAAUGUUCACUCUCGUCUCUCUUGGCUCCGCUUUGUGUGCUUUGUGUGUAUGGGGGCGAAAGAGCGGCAGGGUGGGGGGGGUUGACACCACCACCACCACCACCUACCCCCCCCCCCC